AUGCGCAACUCCUCAACGGGCAUUACCGUACAAAUACGACCCAACGAGUUAACGCCAGCUAAAGGAGCGAAAGAACCCCAACCCAUCCUUUACUCCAAAUACUCGAUGCCGGGCGAGACGCAGAUGCGAAGACGUUCAUUUUGGUCGUUGAUGCUUGGAAAAAGCAGACCGAAAGAAGACUUGAAAGGCCCGCAAACAAGCGCCUCGGUCUCCCAUGCGUUAAUUGUCAUCUUUCUCGAAUAUUUCGCAUGGGGAUUGCUGACGGUCCCGGUGAUCAAUGUGCUCGCCGAGACUUUUCCGGCCAAUAAAUUCCUGAUGAAUGGAUUGGUACUUGGAAUCAAGGGCAUUCUUUCCUUCUUGUCAGCGCCACUGGUUGGUGCGCUUUCGGAUGUUUGGGGAAGGAAGAUUUUCUUGAUAUUGACGGUCUUCUGCACGUGCAUGCCGAUCCCUUGUCUGAAGAUCAGUCCAUGGUGGUACUUCUCGCUUUUCUCCAUAUCUGGUCUCUUCUCGGUGACUUUUUCCGUGGUCUUGGCCUACGUGGCCGAUAUCACCGAAAAACACGACCGAAGUGCAGCGUAUGGUCUUGUAUCUGCCACAUUCGCUGCUUCACUUGUGACAUCACCGGCACUUGGGGCUUACUUGUCGGAGCGUUACGGGGAUGGUGCCGUGGUGUUGUUGGCGACUGUUGUUGCUGUCUUGGACGUGUUGUUCAUCAUGGUUUUCGUGCCGGAAUCGCUGCCCACCAAGAAAAUCCCGACGGAGGCGUUUAGCUGGCAGAUCGCCGACCCAUUUGCAUCAUUGAGGAUUGUUUGGGACGAUAAGCUGGUGCUGCAAUUGGCAACGAUCGUCUUCCUUUCCUAUUUGCCCGAAUCCGGCCAAUUCAGCUGCUUCUUUGUCUACUUGAAAUUGAUUGUCGGCUUUUCAUCCGAGGCCGUCUCCGCCUUCAUUGGAUUGGUCGGAAUCUUGUCAGUUGUCGCCCAGACCGGCGUGCUACUGGUGCUCACAAAUUGGUUGGGCACGAAGCAUACGAUCACCCUCGGGCUCGUCUUCCAGUUGGCGCAGCUGUUGUGGUAUGGGCUCGGGACUCAAUAUUGGAUGAUGUGGGCCGCCGGAAUUCUAGCCGCCAUGUCCUCAAUCACUUACCCUUCAAUAUCGGCUUUCGUGUCGAUUCUUUCUGACAAGGAUCGCCAGGGAACUGUCCAGGGCGUCAUCACCGGGAUUCGCGGUCUUUGCCAAGGUUUUGGCCCCGCGCUGUUUGGAUUCAUAUUUUACCUAUUUGACGUGGAUCUGAAUGAGGACGGUGACGGCACUGGACACCUUGGGGUUGGCCCUCAAUUCCCGGUACCAAAUAUUCACCGGUUACCCUUUGAUUCGAAGGAAAAGGUCCUGACGCCAAGGCGAAACGAAACGGUACCGUUGGACAAGCCGGCCUUUGAUUGGCAACUCAUCCCGGGUCCUCCAUUCGUCGUCGGCGCAAUGCUCGUGCUACUUGCGUUGUUGAUAAACUCGGCGCUCCCAAAGCUCCCGACCGGUAUCCUCGAUUUCUCACACAACACCUCAGAAAUU